GUUCCUUUUAACUGCGUGUGACUUGUAAUUUAGUUACUCUUGAAACCAUUUCUCGAUCUGUAUGAGCGCUCAUCGAAUUCUAAGUAUGUCUUGUGGAUAUCUUUGCUGGUGGCCCAGAAAAAAGCAACACGACAUCGGUGCUGCUGAAGAGGCAGAAGUCAACAGGGUUACGACAACUAGACCCCAGAAGAGAAGACUGAAGUUCCAGCGCAAGUUUCCAUGGCUGAAGCUUGCCAAGUCGAGAGCAAAGGAGAGCUCCGACGAGGACACACGGUCGUCAGGUGACUGCAAGGACUCUGGGUCAAGCAACGCAUUCGCAAGCACCCAGAGCCGCAACCUCACGAUCGUCGACUCGGAGUCAUUGACAUCGGACGCCUCCUCUACUGGGAGUAGUGUAGAGGAGCACCCGUCCCCUCCGGAGGUGACACGGGACAUCCCCCCCAAUGAGGGACCUGGAAUGUGGCCGAGAAGGUUCCCCAUAUGGCCGGCCCCAUUCUUCAUGGGGGAUAGGGGUGAUGCGGCGGAGGGACAGAAGCCGCGGCUGGUCUGCCUUGGGCUACCAAACCUUGGGCAGACCUGCUACAUGAACGCCACCCUGCAGUGUCUGUUCCACCUGCCGUCCUUCUGCGAGGACAUCAGUCGGCAGGAGGAAUACUGGCGGCUGGUCCCGUCUGCUGACCUGUUGAGAUGUUUCACCGAUCUGGCUUCCACCCAUGGAUCAAGUGGAAAGCAGAAGACUCUGCUGAAACAUCUGCUCCCCAAGGUGUCAUGCCAUUUCGAUGAAGACGAGCAGAAUGACGCCCAUGAGUUUUUCAGCUGCCUGAUGUCCAGGAUCAGCGAGCUGGGAAACUUGAUCCAGGCCCGGAUGAGGACGACCACGUACACCUGUCCGGUGGGAGGAAACAUGGGAUUUCAGAUGCUGUGCCAGAGGACUUGUGCCAGCUGUGGAGGACAGUCAACCAGGACGGAGGACUUCAACCAUCUGUCCUUGGACGUCAUCCCCCUCGGCCCGGUGAAAGACCUCUUGGAGAACUAUUUCAAGGACACAGAGGUGGAGCUGACUUGUGCCACCUGCAGUGGGAGCGAGGCUGUCCUGUCAUGGACAUUCCUCACACUGCCUCGUGUCCUGGUCCUGCACUUGAAGAGGUUCAGCUAUACCCCACAGUAUCAGCUGAAGAAAGUGCAGGACCCAGUUCUCCUCUGUAGGGAGAUCACCCUGCUCCCCCACUUCAGGGAGAUCUCCCCGGUCACAGAGAGGCCCCAGUCAGCAGGCCCUGAGGAGCCUCAUCUGAAGGAUGCCGAAACUACACAAGAGGCACAUGCGUCAGUGGAAGAUCUUCCAGGGGAUGUCCCUAGGAUGCCAGGCAGCGGCGAUGCAGGACUUGUGGAAGAGGAGAGCCAUACUUCGUGCCGCAAUUUACCUACAGUGGACUCACCGCCCCCUGCAGAUGAACCUGAGACAGGCACAGAGCAGCAUACGCCUGCACUCCUGAGAGUAGGGACAGUUGGAGGAAGUCAAGGAGAGCCAGCGGUCUCCGAGACGCCGAGAGCACAGCCAGCCAGACACCGAUAUCAGCUCGCUGGUGUUCUCAGCCACCUGGGCUCCAGCGCCACCUCUGGUCACUAUAUCAGCGACAACUUCAGUCGUUCAGAGAAGGGCUGGCUGUCCUUCAGUGACCUGACGGUGAAAAGGCUGGAUGAGGGACAUGUCCUGAGGAAGAGGCAGAGCAGCGCAUACAUGCUGUUUUACACCCAGCAGGUACAGAAGGACACCGAGGAGACACCGAAGAGACACCGAGGAGACACCGAAGAGACACCGAGGAGACACCGAAGAGACACCGAGGAGACACCGAGGAGACACCGAGGAGGCUCCGAGACACACAUGUGCUGCGGAUGAAGCUGGACCGGAUGUCAGCAUCGACUGGGAGUUAACAUAGGGCAUAAAUAAAGGAACUUACAUUAGAUAGAUAGAUAGAUAGAUUUAUGUAUUGAUUGAUUUAUGUAUUGAUUGUGUGGUAGAAAAAUGUAGAAUAUAACACUUAGAAUAAAAGUCGGACCUCUCAGUUUGAUGAGGUAAAGGAAAA